AUCCGGGUAUCUUGUUGCUACCAAACAAUAUGGCGGGAUGUUUGUUCUUUCCAACUUGAAAUGCUUUUUUUCCCCAUUCUGCACUGAUUAACUUUUAGUCCAGUACCACAGUUUUCUUUUUUGUUACAAAAAUGGCAACCAUGGCUGCCUCAAUGAAGGGGCAGACGCCCGAAUUGAAGCGUUAUCUUCGCUCUAACAAGCUUCCUAAUAUAUACGAGGCCCUUCUCACAGGAUUAGCAGUUAUGUGUCCUGGAGAUCCACUUCAGUUUAUCCUCGAUAAACUCAGAUGCCUGAAAGAAAAUGGAAUUGAUGAGCUUAAUUGGGAUAUGUUUGUUGAAGAACACAUGAGGCCUCCAAAUAAAAUCAUUACAGAGAGCAACUUAGAUUUCAUCUUCAACCUUGACGACGAGAGUAUGAUUGCUGACGCUGUCCACAAACUGACUUAUGACACAGGAAGUGGAUGUGAUCCUUGUACCAUGUAUUACUACAGAAAUCUUUUGAAUGCGAGAAGUGUAAAAGGACAUGUGGAUAACUCGAUAGAUCUUCGUCAUGUUUAUUUUUACAGUAUCUACAUUCUUUGAGAUCAAGUACUUCUCUGACAAUCAACCAUGUCAAUGAAAUACUUUUCAUAUACACAUAAUAACUGUAUGUUAUGAUGUUUAUAUCUCAUAAAAUAUAUCUAAAAAGU